GCCAACGCGCUUGCUCAGCCACUGAUGCUCCGGCGGAGGCAGGGGCUGCCGGUAACCCCACUUAGUACAGCUGGUGCAGGCGUCGCUCAGAACCGGGGGUGUUAGGUUUGGACGCAUAGAGAAGAGGGCUGAGCGACCCCCAGCCCCAGCACGAGAUUUCCAUUCCAGGGACGGAUUUGAUCCACUCUUGUGCCUCCCUAGCUCUUGGGCCCGCCGGAGUAACCUCAAAGAUCAGCAGGUUUGUAAGUAUUCGAAUUUCAAUAUGGGAUUGCUAGACAGACUUUCAGGCUUGCUUGGCCUGAAGAAGAAGGAGGUUCAUGUUUUAUGCCUGGGGCUAGAUAAUAGUGGCAAAACAACAAUAAUUAACAAGCUUAAACCCUCAAAUGCUCAAUCUCAAGAUAUAGUUCCAACAAUAGGAUUCAGCAUAGAGAAAUUCAAAUCACCCAGUUUGUCUUUUACAGUGUUUGACAUGUCAGGUCAAGGAAGAUACAGAAAUCUCUGGGAACACUAUUAUAAAGAAGGACAAGCCAUUAUUUUUGUCAUUGAUAGCAGUGACAGAUUAAGAAUGGUUGUGGCUAAAGAAGAACUUGAUACCCUUCUGAAUCAUCCAGAUAUUAAACACCGCCGAAUUCCAAUCUUAUUCUUUGCGAACAAAAUGGAUCUUAGAGAUGCAGUGACAUCUAUAAAAGUAUCUCAGUUGCUGUGUUUAGAGAACAUCAAAGAUAAACCAUGGCAUAUUUGUGCUAGUGAUGCCAUAAAAGGAGAAGGAUUGCAAGAAGGUGUAGCCUGGCUUCAAGAUCAGAUCCAGGCGGUGAAGACAUGAAAAGAUAGUAUUGGGAAACCUCAGCACUUUUCUGUUCAAGAAAUUUAUCUAAGGCAACUCAAUACUUCAACUUUUUAAAAAGAUGUUUGUGCAUCUAAGAAUACUUUAUAAUCUGCUUACAUUUAUGGACUCUGAAUGAGCUUUUUAAGAACAUAGACUUCAGGUAUGCUAAUCUGGCCAUUCAUUAUAUGAAAACUAAAUAUUCCCUGAAAAGGGCUCCUUAGAAUUAUCAGCUCCUUGGUAAAGGCCUACAUUUGAUUGCAAUUAGAACGUGUAAAACUUAAGAGUUAUGAGCCAUCUCAAUAUUUACCCAUCAUGAUUUAUAUCCUUAAUGUUUUUUUAUUUUUUGAAUUAUCUUUUUUAAAACUUAGUUUACUGUAUGACUGCAUUAUGAAUUGUGCUUGUGCAAAAGAACCUUAAAUAUUUAUAAGGGGCUGUGGGUAAUUAAUAUAUAUUAAAUUUUUACUAUG